CCUGACACCCACCACCCCCCGCCUCCUAUGAAUACCUGUGAUGUGCAUACAAAUACUCGUGUCCCAUGUGGCAGUCCGGAUAUCUCUGCGGCGGGUUGUGAAGCUCUUAACUGCUGCUAUAAUGGCGGCAUGUGCUACUUUGGGAAGAUGGUAACUGUCCAGUGCACCAAAGAUGCUCAGUUCAUUGUGGUAUUGGCCAGAGAUGCCACUUUACCCAACAUCGACCUUGAGACCAUUUCAUUGUUGGGCGAUGGUCCAGGCUGCAUGUGUGUUGACUCAAAUUCUGCGUUUGCCAUCUACCACUUUCCUGUGACAGCCUGUGGCACCGUUGUUGCGGAGGAGCCUGGGAUGAUAAUCUAUGAGAAUAGGAUGACCUCCUCGUAUGAAGUGGCAAUGGGACCUCUGAGUGCCAUAACCAGGGACAGCAGCUAUGAUUUACUCUUCCAGUGUAGAUACACAAGCACUUCAGUUGAGACUCUGGUUGCAGAGGUUCUACAAAUAAAUGACCCUCCUCUAUCAGUGUCUGCUCUGGGUCCCAUCAGUGUGCAGCUGAGGUUGGGUAAUGGACAAUGCCUUUCGAAGGGUUGUAAUGAAGAGGAAGUGGCCUACAACUCUUACUAUAUGGCUGCGGACUAUCCUGUGACCAGAGUCUUGAGGGAUCCUGUGUACGUGGAAGUUCAACUCAUGGACAGGACUGACCCCAACCUUGUCCUCAACCUCGGGCGCUGUUGGACCACUACUAGUGCAAAUCCUCACACUUUGCCUCAGUGGGACCUUCUGAUCGAUGGGUGUCCUAACAGGGAUGAUCGCUACAGGUCCUCCCUGGUUCCAGUUGGUUCUAGUUCUGGUCUGGACUUCCCAAGUCAUUACAGGCGUUUCAUUUUCCAAAUGUUUACCUUUGUUGACCCCAGCUCACUGGAACCGCAAAGGGAACAGGUGUACAUUCACUGCAGUACAUCAGUCUGCAACACUGGAACUGGCUUCUCUUGUGAGCCGAAUUGCUUCAGUCGGAGAAAGAGACAAUUGAAAGAUGCAGUCCAGACGAUGGCUGAGCCAAGGAUUGUGGUCUCAUCUGGACCUGUGCUGGUGGUUAGCGCCACAGCGUAA